AUGUCCGAUCUGAUUUCUGCUCUUCAACCAAUUGCAUCGGCAAAGAAAUUAUUCCCUGCAGAAUCACCUAUUUGUGAAGCUUUAUUCGAUUUCGAAGAAAAAAUCAAAGCAGGUAUUCCGGAAAACGAAUUAACAACUAUUUUAUCUUUACUUCUCAAUGUUUUACGUAUUAACGAUGGAAAAAUAAGUAUGUUUUGCUCAGUAAGAAUUGCUCAGUGUAUCCAAAAAGUCUACGAAGCAAAGAAUACAAAAGAUAUUUCAGAAAUCAUUGUUUCAGCAACAAAGCAUCCAAUACAGUCUCUCGUGUAUGCUGUUGGAUAUCUUCUUAAGUACUCAGGCAACACAAAUGAAGACAAAAUCCUUCCAUUUGCCACAAAAUUGCUUUCAGUUGACUCCGAAAUCAACCAUGCUAUCAUGUACACCCUUGCCAGAUGCUAUGAGUUUGCAAGCGAAUCACUCAAAAAGCUCCAAGAUAAAGUUUUUUACAAAAUUGUUUUUAAUUUGUCAAACACUGAUGAUACAGUACAAUUGAUGACUCUCAAAUUAUGCAGAAGACUUAUCCGCUGCAACGCAAUCGAUAUCCCGAAGCUUUACUCAGUUCUUACCAAUUUCUUAAAAUAUAAGAAUCGUUUACAGCAUUUCGUCAUCGAUGACUGCUGUUUCUUACUUGCUACAUGCGCAGUCCGUAAUCUCGACAAGCCCGAUGAAAAUAAAGCAGAACUUAAAGAAGCUUUAGGCGUAUUAAAGUUAUUCCACGAUUUCUUUACACAGUGUUUACGCCACUUCCUCGACUUGCUUCCCCCUCAAUAUAUUUCGAAUAAUUUCGAAGAACUCUUUGAUUUCGUCAGAGAAGUCUCAUUAUCCGACUUAGUACAGAUUAUUCCUUACAUCGGAAUAGAGAUGAGAGAGAAGCUCUUCAAGAAGGUCGCUGCCGAAGAAAUUUCUUAUUCUCAACUGAUGACUUUAAGAUUAUUAGCAAAUACAGCGGCUCUUGCAAAAGAAACAGCUUCUAUUGCACUCCAGAUGGCAACAAACUUAAACGAUGAUGUAAGAAGCGGCCUACAAAGCUUCUUCGCUUACCUCGCACAAUUAUAUCCAGAUCUUGCCUUGCAAUACCUCGAAUCAUCCCUCUUAUACCUCUCCAAUCCACCAGACGAGCCAGGAAAUGGAUUGGCUAUCGAAGGAAUGGUCGUAAUCGCUGCUUCUGUAAUUGGAGGUACAUCCGAACCAGAGAAAGUCCUCAAACCGUAUACAUCGAACAUAGAAAAAUUCCUUAAAGAUACUUUCGGCCAUCUUGUCCUCUAUUCCCAUAAGACUGUUGCUGCAUUCAGGUUAUUAACCAUUACACCACGUGAAAGCCUUCCUGUUUCCGAUGUCAAUGCCGCUCUUAAGCAAAUCACCGAUGAUAUCAAUGACGGAAAAGUUGAUAUUACGAGCCAUUCCGUAAAGGAAAUUAUUCGUGCGGCCAACUGUGCAUUAUACACCCAUCCAGAUCUUUCCGCUGCCAAAGAAUAUCUCUUAGCCGCUUCAAAGCUCACUCUCAUCAACUCUUCCACCGCAAACCUGGCCAUGUUCCUCGCAUUGCCACUUGUCAAACCGCCGGAACAUGAAAGGAUUGCUAUGAUGUUAGUUCGUAAAAUUGUCAACUUAGAGCCACCGAUGUAUUUCCUCUGCCAGCAGGUGAAACAGACCAUUCAGAUGCAGGAAGAGAUGCUUUUCCACGCUGUCAUUGUUACAUACAAUUCCGGACCAUUAUUUAACAACAUCAACUCAGCGACAUUCGCAGUUCGUGUUGUUAACUCCAUUGCGGACUUUGUCAAGGCACUUCCAAUACAAUCCGCCAUCAAUUUCGUCACAGAAAUAUUCAGAACAAGCGGAAAAAUGUCAAUGGUUCAUGCCUUGAUUUAUAAACUCGUUGAAGCUGAUUUACUCAAUGUCUUACCACAGAACACAAUGGAGUAUCUCUUGGCACCACUUGACAAAGACAACGAUGACUACGACAGGAUGAGAAUCACAGCAGAAGCACUCGCUCUUUACACACAGAAAACAAACACUUUGCAAAAGGUUUUGGAGAUGAUCGAUGAUUGGCAUUGUCCAGGAAAGUGCAUAUUACUUGGAGCACUCGUCCAAUACUGCUCUUUCUCAGAAGAACAAUUGUUUAAGUCAAUGCACGAUCUCUGUGAACUCACAAAAUCUUCAAAUUCGUCACCUUUUGCCUUAUUUGCAUUAUCACUUUUGUACGAUACAAAUGUCACUUCACUUGUUGGCAAUCCAUUAAUUGUUGGUCAAUUGACAUCAUUAAUGCGUGUAAUGAGUUCAUAUACAAGUUUGAGUUCCUAUACAUUUUAUUAUUUGUCAAUGGCGUUUGGCAAAUUGAUUCCAAUUUUAUCUGUUGAAUAUUCGAAGUACGAGAAAGAGAUCAAGAUAUUUACGAUGUUACUUUCGCAGCAGAUACUUCCUAUUUCACACCAGGCAUCAUACCAGAUCUGGAGACUUGUCGCAGCUUAUUUGCCGCAGUUAUCUAAUUUGCUUGAAGUUAAAUAUCCAGACAGAUCGAAUAUAACAAUGAGCCAGGAAAUUUCUGCUUGCAACGCUUUGAACGAGUACAUAACAAUGGUUGAUCCUAAUUUGGAUGUAUUCGAUUCUGUAUCGAGAAUACUCUUCCUCGUACAGAAGAAAGAUGAUCCAAGACCUGUUGAUUUGUUCGGAGCAAUGAUUAAUUCUAAAUGCGACCAUUCAGAAGAAUUGUACAAGAUCGCAAGAGAUCUGCUCCUUGAAUCGAAAUUCCCUGGAAUGGAAAGUGGCCAGGUUGAGCCAUUAAGUCAUACAAAGGCUUGCUGUGUCAAUAUCAUUACGAAGUUACUUCCGAAAUUGGAUAAGAAACAUUCGGAAGAAAUCGUAAAAAUCGCUGUAAAAGUUGUUUCUUCUGAACUUCCAAAUACAGCUGGAUUCGCCUUCAAAUUAUUGUAUGAAAUGCUCAGAAUGAACAUGAUAGAAGUCAACGAGGAAUACUCAGAGAAUCUAGGAAUCGCAAUCAAGAAAUGCCCUGUUUCUGAUUUGUCAAAUUCUUUGGAUUUCUUGAGUGAAGUCAUUUUCCAAAUUAGAAAUGAAAAAGUGACAAAACCGUACAUUGAAACAAUUUGUCACUCAUUUAUUUCAUUGUUCGACAGAGUUGAGAUCAACGAGAAGUCUGUAAUGAUGGCUACAAAUCUUUUGUCGCUCUCUCAGAGAAUUGAAUCCGAAAAUCUCAAAAAUGAAAUUUUGGAGAAAUUCAAAGAAAGUGUCAAGAAAUUUGUCGAAGAUUUCGUGACAAAAUUCAAGUCUAAUGACUGGGAUUACAUCUCUUCAAUGAGAAAGAUGUGGAUUCAUGACUUAAAUGACUUCUACAACGCAACUAAAAUUGAAGAGUUGGAAAUUGAUCAGGAAAUGAUCAGAUCUUUCGCGGAUGAAGAGUCUAAGUCAAAGGAUGCUUGGAGAUCAACCUCAGCUAAGGAUUUCCUAGCUUAA